AUGUUCAUCCCACCCGUCCACGCGGAAACAGAAACCGCCGCCCUCCUCCAAUUCAUCCACGAGAACUCCCUGGGCAUGCUCAUCACAGGAGUCAAAUCCUCCUCCCACAACUUCCUCCAAUGCACCCACGCCCCCUUCAUCCUUGACGCCGCUUCGGAACCAGACACCUCCGACUCCCCCGGCCGACUCCGCGCCCACAUCGCCAAACAGAACCCACAGGUAAAGGGCAUAAUCGAAGCCCUGGAACAGGAAAAUUCCACCGGAAAUGUCACACAGCUAGACGACGAAGUCCUCGUCGUCUUUAACGGCAAGCACGACCACUACGUCACGCCCAAGUACUACAUCGAGACAAAGCCCGACACGGGCAAAGUCGUUCCGACAUGGAACUACUCCGCCGUGCAGGUCUACGGGAAACUGUCGCUUUACUAUGACUCUAGGACACCCGAGGCAGCCGAGUUCCUGGCGCAGCAACUCCACGAUCUCUCGCAGCACACGGAGCGGUCGAUUAUGGGGUAUACGGGAGGUGACCGGGCGCAGCCGUGGAAGGUGGCUGAUGCGCCGGAGAAGUAUAUUGAGUUGAUGCAGAGGAAUAUAGUCGGUAUUGAGAUCCGGAUCGAUAAGAUUGAGGGGAAGCAUAAGAUGAGUCAGGAGAUGAAGACUGGGGAUCGGGAGGGUGUUGUGAAGGGGUUUGAGCGGUUGGGAGGGGAGACGGCGACUGCGAUUUCGGCAUUGGUGAAGGAGCGAGGGAUUCUACAUGACGAGCAGAAGAGGAGGAAGAAGGACGAGAAGGAUGACAAGGCUUAG